AUGCCUCAGCCCAAGGUUCCGCCGUUGGGGCCCCCGGGAGCCUCGAUGCAGCAAGGGGGCCCAGGUGGAGGGGGCCCCUGGUGGCCGCCCGAAGCUGUUCCAGCCCCGGCAGUAAGGCGAAUGAAAGAGGAGCUGCAAGAUAUGUUAGAGCGGGACAUUCACCGCUUUGGCGUCCUAACGCAUGCAAGGGCCCCAAACCCGACCUACCCCUUCCCACCAAGAAGCCGAAGGCCGACAGAAAUAAAACUAUCAUCAGCUUACAAGCCAGCACCAGCAGACCCAUGGGCCAGCCUGCAACGGCCGGGGGGCAUGACGCCCAGGCUGGGCCAACCCUCCAACACAAGCAGCGGCCAGUUGGUUGCCGAGCCGGAGCCGCGCCAGCCUACCCUGGAGGAGCUCUGGUUUGCAGCUACAGCGGAGGAGGUUAACCCAACUCAAGCACAACGGAGGCCCCCUGCAUCUCCAUAUGCAGAUUGGGGGCCCCUAGACUCUGAUACGCGAUCGGUGGCGCAUGCAAAGGGUACAGAAAAUACAGCGAAAGUGCAACGCAGAGAUUUACUCUGUGCUGACGAAGACAGUAGUGUGGAGCCUCUGGCGCCCUUGCCAGCUCUCACCGAAGACGAUUUCCUCAGGGGCCCCGGGGGCCCCCCACUAAGCGAUCGGAGCAGGCAACACCUGCUGAGCUUUGGUCUCGACUACAAGGAGGCUAUUAGCCCCCGCAGCAGAAAACAGUGGUCCCCCAUGGAGAGGGAACGUUGGAGUCGAUCCCGCCUGCUGAGGUAUCUCAUCAAGACGAAGCAGGUUGUAUUUCGGCAGGAUUUACUCGAUAAAGAAUUCAAAGAAGAUUGCGAGAAAUACUUGAAAAAGAAACAGCACAAACCCAGAAAACACACACGUUCGGCUGCAGAGACAUCUCCACAAGCCCCAAAAUACCAUCCAUAUACAGAUGCAUGCACAGAACAGGGGGCCCCCCGGGAGGCCUUGCAAAGGGGCCCCAGAGUGAGCAGCUUGGGGGCCCCCUCCGACGGGGGCGUUCCUAGGGGCCCCUGGUGGGGCCCCUCGCCCGUAACCGAGAACGGCAGCGGCGUUUCAGGGGGGCCAAUUGCAUGCGGGCCUUCUCUAGAUUAUCCUUGUGGGGGGCCGCCCCAGGCACCUUCGAACCUCAGCUCAAGUAGGGGGCCCCUUGAAUAUCUCCGGCAGCAGCUACGGCAGCAGAAACGUUCAAAGGCGAGAGCGGAGGAGAUUGCACAGAGGGAUCCGCUGCGGGCUUGGCGUGGGGCCCCACAGGGUACAGCACUGGGGGCCCAGGGGGCCCCCGAGCAGAGAUCAGAGGGAGAAUGGGGUUGUGCAGUGAUGCAGAGAGCGGCAAAGCUAUGGAGAAGCAGCACAAGGGGAGAACAGGGGGAGUGGGGGGGCGGAGAGAAACACGGGGGGAGAGAAGGGGUCACUGACACCGACAGCGAGAGCGAGAGCGAGAGAGAGAAAGAGAGAGAGAGAGAGGCAGAUGAAGCCAACGAAGAAGAAUACUACAGACGCCAUCUCCCGUGGUGUUAUCACUUUGAAUUAGAAAAAGAUUUCAACUCUGAUCAGGUUUCAGAACAGCAACAAAAAACACAGAAACCCAAAGGCCCCCCAAGCCUUCGCCAGACACAGGAGAUAAAGCUACACAAGGCCUGGGAGAGCGAGUUGCUGCGUUUGUAUGAAGCAGCAGAAGGAGAGCUUCCUUCUCUUUUCGUAGGAACGGGAAAGCCAACCCGACAGAAACAUCCUAAGGAUAAAACCAUUCCCUAUGCGCUUCUGAAACGUUACGGGGCCUUCAUCGACUCCAUCACCUCUUGCGGGUUGUUACAGCAGCCGGUAGCGAUGACGAUCGUUGCUAGGGGGCCCAAGACAGGGGCGCCAGCAGCAGCAGCAGCAGAGCGCAGACCGGCUAGCAACAGCAGCAACAGCAGCAGCAGCAGCAGCAGCAGCGUGUUUAAACUACUUGUAUUUGUGCUGCUUGAACAGGAAGUGGAGAGGUAUCUGCUAGAGGCAAUAGGAAAGAAACCAGAGAAGAACAUCCCCCACAUGGAGCCACCAAAGGGGCCCCGGGUUAACCCCAAUUAUAAUAUAGAUAAAGACAAGCUAGCAGCAGCAGCAAAAAAGCUGCAUAUACAGCCCGAAGAGCAGCCAAAAACUUUCGAAGCAAUUGAGAAGAGGUCGAGACUGCCCCUUAUAGAAGAAACCAAAACACUGGGCGGAGGAAGAUACGUUGUUUAA